AUGAUUGAAAUUCUCCAAACCCAGUUCAGCUACACCCCCCCACACACCCCGCUCUAUGAUUUCCUGUCUGGCCAAUACCCGGUCACACUGACACGUGUAGCUCACAAGGACACAGCUGUGAUCAUCGUCCGGGAGCAUUCCCGGUCCCCCUGCCCCCGGUCUGACCCAGCCUGCACACCCCCAAUCCUCCUGAGCAUCCCUUGUAGUGACACAGCUGUGAUCAUCAUCCAGGAGCAUUCCCGGGCCCCUGCCCCUUCUCUGGCCAACCCUGCACACCCCAGUCCUCCUGAGCGUCCCCUAGUAGAGCUGUCCAUCUUCAGACUUAAGCGAUACGUGGUCUUCCUGGAGCUGUUCCUGCAGACAGCAGAGAAGCACUUCAUGGUGGGGCACGGGGGUGGUGGUCCUCAUGGUGGACACAGCGUCACAUACUACGUCUUCACCGACCAGCUGGCUGCCGGGCCCCGUGUGCCACUCUGGGAGGGCCGGAGGGUGGUGGUCGUCGAGGUCUGUGGCGUCCUGCUCUGGCAGGAUGUGUCCAUGUGGCACAUAGCGAUGAUCAGCCGCUUCUGUGAGCAGCGCUUCUUCUGUGACGUGGAAGACCAGGUGUGCGUGGACGUGGAUGUGGGAAUGAAGUUCUGGGACCAUGUGGGCAUGGAGAUCCUGUCUCCCCUCUUUGGCACCCCACAGCUCGGUUUCUACUGGGCAGCCCACGAGGACUUCAGCUACGCGCACUGGCCAGAGUCCCAGACCCACAUCCCCAGGGACCAGGGCAACUUUUACUACAUGGGGGCCUUUUUUGGGGAAUUGGUGGUGGAGUUUCCCCGACUGACCUCGGCCUGUCACCAGGCGAUGGUGGUCAACUGGGCCAGUGGGAUUGAGGCCAUGUGGCCCGUUAAGAGCCACUUGAACAGGUACCUGCUGGGCCACAGGCCCACCAAGGUGCUGUCCCCGGCGGAGCUGUGGGACCCAUGGCUGCUGGGCUGGCCCCCCAUCAUUCCCUGGGUCAUGAAGAAGCUGAGAUUUGUGGCUGUGCCCAAGAGUCACCAGGACAUCUGGAAG